UUCAGUCCCAGCCCAUUGCCCAAAAGCCCGGCCACUGUAAGGAAGCACCUUUCCCUCUCAGCUGGGCCGCAGUCUGCGCUAGACUGUCAACUGAGAUCCAGCUCUCAUCAUCAUCCUCAGCUGGGCUGCCUGGCAACUCUCGAUCGCAACGUGCAUGGGAUUAUCACACACAUACACGUGUACAGACACACUUUUUCCCUUUGCUUCAUUUUCAGCUUUUUUUUUAAGGAGACACUGUUUGAAGUGAGAAGCAACGGAGGGUUUUGUGUUUCUGCCGUUUGGGAAGUUUUCUUGCUGUGGUUUUUGCUCCACUAGCGGCUGAUUUGAUGCAUGCGAUGGAUCACACGCUGUUCGGCUGUUUGCGCAGCCCUCACGCCCCUCCGCAGGCCCUGCACCCUGCCUUCGCCCUUCACGGUCGCUCCGAGCACCUCUCCUCGUACUCUGACCUCUCCAGCUCCUCGCCUUCUUCUACCUGCAUUGUGAGCGGUUACCCAGGUGAGGAUGGGGGACUGUUUGGGGGACACGGGCACCAGAGAGGGCCACCCAUGUCCCAGCAGCAUCAUCAUCAUCAUCAUCAUGUACCCCAACCGCAGCAGACCGGAUGGCACAUACCGCAGACGGCCAGCACCUCUCCAGCCAGCACCCGUCUAGGACUGGGCAUCUCGGCCCCUGAUUCAAGAUCUUCAGAUAUGGGCCCCGGGGGCCCCAGCCUCUGCGCAAGCACACCGAGCCUCGGAGGGGUGCCUUCGGGUACCUCCUGUGUUCCUGGAGGGGAUUUCGGACGUCAUACGAUGUCUCCAGCUGAGGCAGAGAAAAGGAAUAGCAAACGAAGAAGUGACAGUUCUGAGUCCCAAGAUGGGAAUUACAAAUCGGAUGUGAACAGCAAGCCAAGGAAGGAGCGGACGGCGUUCACCAAAGAGCAGAUUCGAGAACUGGAGGCAGAAUUCGCCCAUCACAACUAUUUGACCAGACUGAGGCGGUACGAAAUCGCCGUGAACCUGGAUCUCACGGAAAGGCAGGUAAAAGUGUGGUUUCAGAACAGACGGAUGAAGUGGAAGCGAGUUAAAGGAGGCCAACAGGGGGCGGCAGCAAGAGAAAAAGAGCUUGUGAAUGUGAAAAAGGGAACGCUGCUUCCCUCCGAGUUUUCGGGAAUUCCUGGACUCCACCAUACACCGGACUUGCUUAUCAACAAUGAUGACAGCCACGACAGCGACCAGAGCUCUGAGCACGCUCACUUAUGAUACAAACAGAUCCCAUUCGACUUGCUCGAUGCUUAUCUGGGGUCAUGUUUAGUUAGGGAUUGUUAAGUACGGACUGAAUGUACACAAAAACCCUAUACGCCAAUGAGGAGGCACCGUAACACGACGCCUAUCAGGACAGUUCCUGUGAUGCCUCAGAGUAGUGGCAAUGUAAAAAUGUACACAUGACUAAUGUGUUGUGCAUUUGGAUGAUACAGAAUAUUUGUGAUAUUCCUUUUCACAAAAAAGGGUGCCUUUCUUGUUUGACAGAAUUUGUUUACACUUUUGAAAGGUGCUGUAAAUCAGUUAAAAUCCUGCCUGUCAGCAAAGACGAAUGGCAUCCCAUAUUUGUGUUGCUCUUUACAGAGCCUAGGGAAAUCUUUCAAGUCGCAUGGAUAUUUUGUGCAUGCUAUUCCAUAACAUAAUCACUUCCUGCACCAUUAAAGUACCCCUCUACCGCUCUUUACUUGAAAGAGUCCAAUCUCUAGCUAAUCUGGCCCAACAACAUUCCAUUCUGAUCUUGCACUGAAAAGGUGUAAGUUUUAGUUUGCCCUGUCAGUUUCUGUGACUUAAUUGAUUUCUACUGUAUGUUUUUGUACAAUGUUGAUGUCAUCAGAAUAAUGAUCAAUCAAGCGUGCCUUCAAAAACAUUUCAGAUGUAAAUAUAUGUAUUCAUAUUUUUAAAAAUCUGACAGCUGUAUCAUUUGCACACAAUACACAAUAAAUUUUCAUAUGUUGCUUGGUAUGAUA